CCCUCGUCAUUCCAAAAACCAACUCACUCUUCUCGCCACGCAUUGGACUGUGACAAUUACAUGUCACCAUCACGUGACAUAAAAUUUCCUCCUCCCCCCUCAUCAUCGUAAAUUUCGAAGCUUAUGUUUUUAGAUUUUAGAUGAUUGAUGAAUGAUCAACUUAAACAACCCUUCCUUUUUCUCUCCAACAUUCGAUCAAAUCGUUCUCUCUCUCUCUCUCUCUCUUUGGAAAACAAACUCUAGGAUUUUUCACAUCCAUGGCCAUUGAUUCGUCAUCGUCCAGUACUUCACUUGCUCCUGGGUUUCGGUUCCACCCGACCGAUGAAGAGCUGGUGCGUUACUACCUCAGGCGCAAGAUCUGUGGAAAACCCUUCCGCUUCGACGCCAUCUCCGAAAUUGACAUCUACAAGGCCGAAGCUUGGGACCUACCAGGUAAGUCAAGGCUGAAGACUAGAGACUUGGAGUGGUACUUCUUCAGUAUGCUUGAUAAGAAGUACGGAAAUGGAUCAAAAACAAACCGUGCAACUGGACGAGGGUAUUGGAAGACAACGGGGAAGGACCGAGCUGUCUACCAUAGGUCACAGAUUGUGGGGAUGAAGAAAACUUUGGUUUAUCAUAUUGGUCGGGCUCCACGGGGUGAGAGGACUAACUGGGUCAUGCAUGAGUACAGGCUUAUUGAUGAGGAGUUGGCGAAAGCUGGAAUUGUUCAGGAUUCAUUCGUGCUGUGCCGAGUAUUUCAGAAGAGUGGUUCUGGUCCAAAGAAUGGGGAGAAAUAUGGGGCGCCAUUUGUUGAGGAGGAAUGGGAGAAUGAUGAGUUGGAAACGAUCCCCAAGGAGGAAGCUGCAGAGGGAGUGGUAGUUGGUGAUGAUGACUAUUUGGAUGGAAUUGACCUUGAGCAGGUUUGUGCUUUUUCUCAUUUCACUAAUGUAUAUAUGUAUUAGUGAUUGUAGCUCUCUCAUUGUUCUAUGCACACAUCAGGAUAUAGCAAAGAUAACAAGGCAAGGGUUGUUUAAUUGUAUUGCAAACAAUGGUUCCGUGAGUUGUUUUUAUGCCUAAAUUAGUAAAGGAGUGAAAAAGUGCUAUUAACACAACACGGUACCAUAAUCAUGUGGAAACAAUAAAAAUGCACGCAAUCUGUAUCCAAUUUUUUUUUUCAGUUAACGCGUUUUUGUAAAUGGAAUCUUUAUCAAUAUAGUUUAGAUUCUGUAAAAGGAAUGCCAUGGUUGGGAAGCUGAA